GUGAGACAGGGACCUACCCCAGUGUGUGUAAGCAGUCCCCAGCCGUCCCGCCCAAGGCCCCACCCAAGUACACCGGGGAAUGUAUCCAGGAGGAGCAGGAGGAGAUCAGUGGUAGCAACAGCCCCUGGUCCUGGUUGCCUUUCAGAGGGCACUGCUACAGCUUCGUCAUUAACGACAUAGAGUGGGCUGACGCCUCCACCAGCUGUAAACGUAAAGGGGCGUCUCUGGUGAGCAUCGAGGAUCCUGAAGAACUCCGCUUCAUAAAGAGCAACCUGGAGUUUCUGAAAGACAGCUACUCCUCCUUCUGGAUUGGCCUGUACAAAACACACCUAGGUCAGUGGAAGUGGCAUGACCAAACACUGCUGGACUACAUUAACUGGGCAGAGGGACAGCCUCAGGACUCUUCCUAUGUCUAUGGAUAUAUGCUAUCCUCCGAUGGGACCUGGAGCACUUCCCCCAUGUGGGAUGAUAAACCAUACAUCUGCAAGAAGCCCAAAGAAACACCACCAACACAUGUGUCUCUGAAGGCAGGUCAGAGGCGUGUGUAUUCAGGCCUGGCAGUGGUGGUGGUAUUGGCUACCAUGUGUCUGAUGGGCUUCACAGCCUUAAUGCUCUACAAGAAGACCGGCCGUCCCCUGCCCUCCUUCACCAACCCCCUGGUCUUCAGCGCAGGCCGGAGUACCUUCGACAACCCCCCUCUACACGGAGCCCGUCACCGAGGUUGACCCCAGCAUGGUGGACACUAGCCAGCUGGUUAACCAUAUGGAGGCUCAGCCAAUGAUCACUUUGUGAUUGGAGAGAG